AAAAUCCUAAACUUCGAGCAGUGUUUGGGGAAAGAUGAACAAAUGCGCCAGCCUUUCCGUAAAGCAUCCGUAUAUAUUGCGCUUCUGCUAAUAUUCCAGGCAAUAACCGGAUUGCUGAUCAUAAUCGUGACUGGCCUCUAUCAGUCGAUCUUGUCCAGCUAUUUGGAGGACAUUGAGCGAUGCUUGUUAAUCAGCUACCUAUUCCACUUCUAUAUCUUUGGCGUCCAACUGAUUGUCACGUUCCUUUGCAGCUUGUCAAUGUGGAAUCGUUUGUGGAGGAGGCGCUGCACGCCCAACGUUCGACUAAUGAUCUCCAUUUGGCUGUUCUAUUCCUGCGUCAUAAUUGCAUCUGGCUUUGGAUCAGUAUGGAAUCUCUACCACAACAUCGAUGUGCUCGAAGACUCUGCAGCGAAUUCACUGCUAAGCGGCAUUGACGAGUACUACACGACUCCAAAGCGGAAGCUGCUAUGGGAUGCACUGCAGCUGCGCAAAGAAUGCUGUGGCGUCUACAGCUACAAGGAUUGGAUGGAUGCCGACUGGAUGCCCAAGCAGACUGACGCCAGCUCGCAGUGUCGCAGCCGAACCGUCUUGGCACCCAUCGCCUGCUCCAAGCGGAGCGCCGAGAGCAGCUAUCUGCAGGACCUCAGUAGCAAGGAUCGGUCAGCGAUGCCAUCGCUAUCAGUCGACUCGAUUUACACAAAUGGAUGCCUGGCGGGAUUUUCGGCUGCACUUUGGCGAUACUUUUACAUACUGCUCUUUCUGGUGCUGAUGGCCUUAAAGUUUCUGAUUUUCAUUUGCUGCUUCACGAAAUACGUCCUGCAACGCCAGAAUACCGGCGAUGGCUGUGAUAAUGGGGGUCUCAUCGACGAGGAAGGGCAUCCGCUGGUCAUGGUCAAAUAUCCGCGCAAUGUGCGCUGCGUCAUCAUUGGCGAGGACGACCUGGCUUCCGAUGUGGCGCCCGACUCUUUUUGCAAUUGCGAGGAGGCCGGAGCCGGAGAAACGUGUGAUUACUGCGCAGGAUAAGCCAAAGAAAGUUACACAUAUACAAGCAUAUAUAUUUUGUCUUUAUUUCUCUUGCACUUAUUUAUU